AUGGAAGAGGGAGUAAAACGACUUAUUCUCAUGCCUGUCGAUGACAGUGUGAAUUGCGAGUAUGCUUGGGAAUGGUAUGUUAACUAUGAAAUGCAGGCGGGAGACAGUAUCAUCUUUAUGCAUGUUCUUGAGCCCAAAAUCACCGCUUCAGCUGAACGCCGUGGGAGCCUGACCCUAGACGUGCCGAUAAACUUUGACAAGGACGUUGCCGAGGCCAUGGAUACCUGUGCCGCUGCCGCCAAGAACAUCGCUGAGGGGUUCACAGAUCGGGCAAAGACAGCUGGUCUACCCAACAAGGUCCUAUUAGAAACAGGCAACUCUACAGGUGCGGCCAUUGUAAAGGCUGCUCACGAGCAUGCGGUACAACUUGUCAUCCUGGGCAGCCGUGGAGUUGGAAGUGUACGGAGAACGUUCCUUGGUUCGGUCAGCGACUAUGUGGUCCACCACAUUGGUGUCCCGGUGGUGGUUGUUCCGCCGAAAGAGUCAAAGAGUCGUCAUUAA